AUGGAGGACAAUCUUGAUGAUUUGAUUUUGCCAAAAAGCGAAUAUAAAAUCGAUCCAUUUCUUCUCGAAGACAAUGGAAUUAUCGUCAAAGAAGAAACUCCAAUGAUCUCCGGGCAUAAUAUCAAACGAUCUUCGCACCAUCAACAACAACAACAUCACCAACACGUAGUUAAACCGUCAAAUAAUCAACAUUAUUUACCAAUUCCACACCAGCCACAAACACACCAUAUGGUUAGACAGAAGGAAUAUGCGACAAUAAAUGUGCAACACCAGGCAGUCGGUAAUCAUCAAUACAACAAUCGAUUUCAAAAGGAUCCAUCGCUCGUCAAAACCUAUCAAUACGUUAAAUUGUCUCGACCGACGAAUGGUGCACCGAAUGUUGCGCCGCCGCCAAGAGCUGCACCGCUGUUAACUUCGAGAUCGACUAGUCAUUAUCAACAUCAGCAGCAACAUGGAUCGGGAUCAAUGAUGAUUCAUGGGUUAGUUUUUUCUGGAAUUGGGGGGGGUGGGGGUGGGUUAUUGGUUUAAAAAAAAAUAUUUUUGGGACUCUGAUCUAUUCUUGAAUAUUCUGGGCUUAUUUUUUCUACUGAUUUCCAGCCCAGAUUUCGGGAUUGAAAUAGUUUUAAUCAGGUUCUAGAGUUCUAGGACAUUUUUCAGUUACCAACAUUUUUGAAAUUUCUAAGCUUAAGUUUAGAUUUCCAUGUUUCCCAGGCAGUCUUUUUCUGAGAUUCUAGGUCAUUUUUAUUCGAAAUCUUGUUUCCCACCCAUGUUUUUUUGUUCAAAUUUUCAACUUUCCCUUUUUCAGAAGAGAUGACAAACCGCCAGCUCAACGAUCACUUCAGCGGAACUAUCAACAAUCUCAAUCUUCUUCAUCAUCUUCUUCAUCUUCGUCCUCUUCCUCUUCAGCUUCUUCUCGAAAACGCCCCAGUCCAACAUAUGCUUCAAUUUCGCCAACCAAAACCGGUCCAAACGCAGUGAAACGUGUCUACUUGAAAGAAAAUCCGGCCGAUAUUCAUCUCAGUGAUAUUAUUAUAAACGAAGAUGAUGAUCAAUUCAUGGACGAUCCGAAUUUCUAUCAAUGUGCACCGGAUGAUAGUAACUCGUCGUUUUUGAAAUAUUUGAAUACAAUUGAUGAUUCGGAUGAUCAAGAUGAAUGGAUUUCGAAUGUUGAUGUUAGCGAUUUUGCGGGAAUUAGCAAGGAUUUAUCACUUGCACAUAAACAACAAAAUCAUUCUCAACAUAAUAGUCAUCUUAAUUCAAAUCAACAGCAUCAUUAUCAUCGACAUCAACAACAACAACAUAAUCAAAUGAAACCAGCAGUACAACUUCAACAUAUGGUUAAACAAUCAUCAAAUCAUAAUCAUCAUCGCCAAAAUCAUCACCAACAACAACAUCCUAAAUAUAGUCAGCAUAAUAAUAUGGAAUUUAUAAUUGGAAAAGAUGGUCGUGCUGCGCCGAUUCCAGUUGAUGGAGUGUUCCCAAAACCAACAUGGUCCUAUUCUAGUCUUAUCGCUUUGUCAUUGAAAAAUAGUGAAACUGGACAAUUGACUGUUUCAGAAAUUUAUGCAUUUAUGCUGUAAGUUACACCGUGUUUAUUUUCUCUAACAGUUUUGAUUCAAAAAACAUGUUUUCAGUGAAAACUUCCCGUAUUUCCGCACUGCGCCGCCUGGCUGGAAAAAUUCGGUGCGACACAAUUUGUCGUUGAACAAAUGUUUCCAAAAAGUCGAACUCGACAUGGCCGCAUUGAACCGCAAAUCGUGUCUCUGGCAAAUUUGCCCGGAAAAAGUCGACAAAUUGGAAGUCGACAUUAGAAAAUGGAGAGAACGUGGAACAAUUGAAGGAUUGGCGAGACCAGAAGAUUUGGAAGCAAUUGAAAAUGGAACCAAAGGAAUGCCAGAUAUGGAUUUCUAUUCGAAGAAUGUUUUGAAGACUUCUUAUCAUGAGAAUAAAGCGGUAAGUAGUUUUUAAAAAAUUUUCAAAGUUUUUGGUAAAAAAUUAAAAAAAAAAAUUCUCAAUGUUCAUAUCAAGUCCAAUUUUUCUUUGCAGGUUCGCAACACUAACAAGUUCCCAAUUGCCAACCAACCAUCAACUUCAACCGUACACAUGACUAUGAACCAAAAUCGCGGAAGAGUUCAAAACAGAAAUGUUGUCGAACCACCAAUUGAUUUCUCUCAAAUGCCAUCAACUUCGGCGGCUUCGGAACUUUCAACAGCUUCGUAUAUCAAUCAACAAAUUUCACAUCAAUAUCAUAAUCAUAAUCAACAACAUCAAAAUAUGCAUCAUCAACAACAACAACCAAAACGAAAUCAACAACCACAACAACAACAAUAUUCACGUAUGCCAGUUCGUUUGUACACACCAUCUCCACCCUCUCGUUCACCUUCGCCUUCUCCAAUGCUUGAAUUGCAUUAUGAUGAAGUUGAUCAAUUUGAAUUGUGCCCUGAAACUAAGCCAGAAAAAUUGGUUGAAUUUGUUCAUGGACCAGUCAAUUGUGUUUCGCAAGUUUUGGCAACUCCAACCAAACCACUUAUUGUUGUCAAAGAGGAAGAGAAUCGAAAUUCGUCUCCAAUGGCUUAUAGGUUGGUUUAAUCAUCAUAAUUUUCCCCAAUUUAAUUUUAUUUAAGCCCAUAAAUUUCUAGAAGCACAAUUGGUUCAUUCGAAUCAGCUCGUGAUGCUCUCAACGACAAUUCGCUUCUCAACACUUUGCCAUCAACGGAUAGCCCUUAUAAGGGCCCAGUUACAUUUCCAGUAAAAUUGUAA